AACAGCAUGUCGGUGACUGUAUUCAGAAUACUUCCUCUUUUCAACGCUCGACACUCUUUUUUUUCCUCCGCGCUCCCAAUUUCUUUGUGAGAAUGAAGUUUAUUAGGCUUCUCAGGACAGAAUGCUGCAAGCAGUCAGUGAGGUCCUUCCUGUCCUACCUGUGGGAUGUUUACUCUUCAUCCAAACCAGCAGGGACACAUAUCUGGAUGCUGAUGGCUCUUUGUUUCACUCUAGUCCUUGUUACUGGCGGUCUGCUUCACCACUGGCUCUCCAAAACUCUGCAAUAUGAUUACGACGCAUCCCUUCACACAGCGCUGGUUUACAGCGUGGUCACGUUCUUGGCGUCUUUCCUUUGUCAUCCACUGCGUUGUGUGCUAACAAUGAUCCUGCCGACCGUCUGCACCAAGCAGGGCCGCAAACUCCUCAUCUCAGCCUCUGUCAUGAUCAUGGUGCUGAACGUCAUCCCCAACAUUAGCGUGAAUGUCGGGGCGGUGGUGCGUACCCUGAAGUGCACCGCUGAGGGCUUUUCAAAGACUUUACUGAACUCAUCCGAGCUUUUAAACACAGCAAGGAAGGACAUCGUUAAGGAAGCCAUUAAAGUGAGGAAGGAGGACCUGAGCAUCGUCACCAACUUAGUGAAGUUGAAUAACUUCACACAUUUCGACGUGUCAGAAGUCAAAAGCAGGUUUGCUCAGAUGAUCGGGCAAAUAGAAAUCAACUUUUCACGGAUUAGGACCCUGCUAUCAGAAUACAAGCUGCUGUCCAACCGGAUUCUGGCAGCCAUCUUUGUUGCCUUGCUGAUCUUUGAAUCUGCUCGCUACCUGAGAUCUUAUCUGACAUCAGUGAAGUUCGAUAACAACUUCCAACAGCUCCUUCAAAAUGAAGCUCUCAGCGCCACCAAAACAUCUGCUACUUUGGUGGCAAGGUGCAAAAUAAUCAGUCGGGGAUGCACUUCAAGCAUGGUUUCACAGCUGGUGGUGACUUUGUAUUUCACUGCAUUAGCUUUAAUCGUAACUUUGGACUAUAUUGUGUACCAUGUAGUUCACUUGAUUCUGCCAUUGCUGCUGGACUUUCCUCCCAUGUCUGCCGCCAUCAACAUCAGUUAUAAGGUACAGUGGUUUCCUCCUGCAUUUUGCAUCAUCCCACAAUCCUGCAUCACGCGACAGCUGACUGACUAUCAUCAAGAGUACAAGUGGAACUUCAGCCCCGAACAGUCGCUGUGUGACGCCACAACUUCAGUGCCCAACGCAGGCGUGACCACGCUCCUUGGAUGUCUGUGGCUGAUGAGCUACAUGCUGGUGUUUGUCGAAGUGUACGCCUUGAGGAUACGCAGGAACAUUUCUGCAUCUUUUUAUAAAAAACAAGAAGAAAGGAGAGUGACUUACUGUAUUGCAAAAGUACAAGAAAAGCAGGAUAUAAAGAAGCAGGAGGAUGUUUCUGUUGAGGUUGUCAGCACAUGAAACUCACAGGGAAGAUCAUUAGCAAGGCAGGCAGAAGUAGCAUUAGUAGUGAUAGGUAUUAACCCCUUUGUUUCUUCUUUUGUUUUGUCAAACUGUGACAAUGUGCCAACACCACGACCCAUAAUGAUACAUAAACAUUUGACAAACACUUUGUAUUUGCAUUACGCCAUUCAUGAUGUGCUGGACUUUAUUUUUCUGUAUGUACAGUAGACCACUUAUAGGCCACGGUUGUCCAAACGUUUUCCACUGAGGGCUGCACCCUGAAAAAUCAAAUCAUGAGGGGGCCAUUUUGAUAUUUUUCAUUUUCAAAACCAAUAUAUGUAGAUGUACCAUACAUAGAUUUUUUUUUUACCUUUAGGGUUCCCCUUAUGUUUGGUCAUGGGGACCCCCAAGCGUUUCAGUCAUAAACAUGUGCUUAAAUAUCUAGAUCAACUUUAAUAAUAAUACAUUUAUUUGGUAUAGCGCUUUUCAGGGUACUCAAAGACGCUUUACAGGAUAAAAAUUAAAAUAUAAAACAGUUCCAAGUAAUAAUACAUAAUACUGGAAAUAUAAAAGCAGUACAUAGUAAUAAUACAUAAUAACACUGGACAUUACGAGACGGGACAUUACAAGAUCUGUUAGUGUCGGUCAUCUUACCUUAAAAAAGUACACAGUUAUAGUUACAAAUUAUUUCUCCCAAAUAG